AUGACUGCCCUCUGCUUGUUAAAGCAAUUUAGGGCUUUUCUUUUGUCCACAUAGGGUUUUUUCUCAGCUAAUAACCAUCCCUGCUGCGAGCCGUCAGCCUCGGUGAUCAAUCUAAACUAUUAUGGCGAUCGUUUCCAGGCUCAUCUCUAGCUUGGCAAGAUCCAGAACAGCCGCAUCCGGUGUUUCAUCAGUUCUCCAUCGGGCAUCAUAUCAAGGUGCUUUUUCUCAGAAGUGGGCAGGUUUGGCAAGAACCUUUAGCUCAAAGCCAGUUGGAAACGAUGUUAUUGGUAUAGAUUUGGGUACUACAAACUCAUGUGUUUCCUUGAUGGAAGGCAAGAGCCCAAAGGUGAUUGAGAAUUCUGAAGGAGCCAGGACUACUCCAUCGGUUGUGGCUAUCAACCCCAAGGGCGAACUUCUUGUAGGCACUCCAGCAAAGCGUCAAGCAGUGACAAACCCAACAAAUACUUUAUUUGGUACCAAGCGAUUAAUUGGAAGAAGAUAUGAGGAUCCUCAGACACAGAAAGAACUGAAAAUGGUUCCAUACAGAAUUGUCAAGGCUCCAAAUGGAGAUGCUUGGGUGGAGAUGAAUGGCCAGCAGUAUUCUCCUAGUCAAAUUGGUGCAUUUGUUCUCACCAAGAUGAAAGAAACUGCAGAAGCCUAUCUCGGUAAAUCUGUUUCGAAAGCCGUGAUCACAGUUCCUGCUUACUUUAAUGAUGCGCAGCGACAGGCUACUAAAGAUGCUGGAAGAAUUGCUGGGUUAGAUGUUCUUCGGAUUAUUAAUGAGCCGACUGCUGCUGCACUGUCCUAUGGGAUGAACAGUAAAGAAGGUUUGAUUGCUGUGUUUGAUCUUGGUGGUGGCACCUUUGAUGUGUCAAUCCUUGAGAUUUCCAAUGGUGUUUUUGAAGUCAAGGCUACUAAUGGAGACACAUUCCUUGGUGGUGAGGAUUUUGAUAGUGCACUGCUUGACUAUUUAGUGAAUGAGUUUAAAAGAACAGAUAACAUUGAUCUUUCCAAGGACAAACUAGCACUCCAGAGGCUCAGAGAGGCUGCUGAAAAGGCCAAGGUGGAGCUCUCAUCGACUACCCAAACUGAGAUAAAUCUACCUUUCAUCACUGCUGAUGCUUCCGGUGCGAAGCAUUUCAAUCUGACCUUAACUCGAUCAAAGUUCGAAACUUUGGUCAAUCAUUUGAUCGAAAAAACUCGAAUCCCAUGCAAGAACUGCUUGAAAGAUGCUGGAAUUAUGGCAAAGGAUGUAGAUGAAGUGCUUUUAGUUGGUGGCAUGACUAGGGUGCCCAAGGUGCAGCAGAUUGUGUCUGAGAUCUUUGGAAAGAAUCCUAGCAAGGGUGUGAACCCUGACGAAGCAGUGGCCAUGGGCGCUGCUCUCCAAGGAGGAAUAUUGAGAGGAGAUGUUAAGGAGCUCCUUUUGCUUGAUGUCACACCGCUAUCUCUCGGCAUUGAGACCCUUGGAGGGAUCUUCACUCGUCUGAUCAACAGGAACACCACCAUUCCUACCAAGAAAAGCCAAGUCUUCUCAACUGCAGCUGAUAACCAAACUCAAGUUGGCGUUCGUGUGCUGCAGGGUGAGAGAGAAAUGGCUACUGAUAAUAAACUUCUGGGGGAAUUUGAACUCACAGGCAUCGCUCCUGCUCCAAGAGGACUGCCUCAAAUUGAGGUGACUUUCGACAUUGAUGCGAAUGGGAUUGUGAAGGUCUCUGCGAAAGAUAAGGCUACGGGGAAAGAGCAGGAGAUCACCAUCAAGUCCUCCGGUGGGCUGUCCGAGGCCGAGAUUGAUAAGAUGGUGAAGGAGGCAGAGCUUCACCAGCAGAAGGAUCAGGAGAGAAAGGCCUUGAUUGAUAUCAAGAAUUCUGCAGAUACUACCAUAUACAGCAUUGAGAAGAGUCUGGACGAGUACAGAGAGAAGAUACCAGCUGAAGUUGCCAAGGAGAUUGAGACUGCUGUGGCUGAUUUGAGAGUAGCAAUAGGGGAGGACAAUAUUGAAAAGAUCAGGGAGAAGAUUGAAGUUGCUAACAAAGCUGUGUCAAAGAUUGGUCAGCACAUGCAGGGAGGUGGAUCAUCCUCAUCAGGGUCUGCGGGGUCUGAUGGAGGUGAUCGAACUCCAGAAGCUGAAUUCAAGGAAGCAAAGAUGUAGCUUUUGCAUCAAUUUUCAAUGAUGAGCUUUCUUUCUGCUUUGAUGUUAGGGAAUGUUACUGAUAUUAUAUCUUGAUGCGUUAUUUUUGGAUGUGAUUGUAGUAUCUUUCCGAAGUUUAACUUGGGAAUUUUGUGUGUAAUAUUGAAAUUAAAAAUAAAUUGUUGAUGAGGAGAUUGCUAAUU